CUCGUAUUUCUCGCCUCCGCUGGCGAACAGCUUUUACAUCUCUCUUCUCUCUCUCUCUCGCUCUCGCUCUCUGCGUGCUUCUAAUUUGUGACACAAAACCCUAAUUUUCUUAAACCCUAAAAAUUCGUGUAACUCUGGAACAAUUGCUUCAAUUUUGUCGCUGAAUCUGUACCUAUUGUCUAAGAAUCUCUCAUCUACAGCUACAUUCCACGUGAAAUCGUUUUAAUCGACUCACUGACUCGUGAGUUGACUCGUCAGCUCUUUCGCUAAUUUGCUUACUGAAUUAUUAUUUUUUUUUUUUAUAAUGAUGGUGCAAUAUGGAAGAAACUAGAGGAACCUCUGAUCCGGAGAAUGGGAGUUCGAGUUACGGCGGUAAACCGCCGAAUCCUCUCUCCUUCUCUUCUUCUUCAUCCGCCGCUGUCGCCGCCGUUUACAGGCAAAGCUUCGACGGUGAGCGAUCGUUGGCUCCGUGUAAUAAGAGGUCGCUUGUUCGACACCAAUCUCUCGUGAAGACGAAGGUGUCAGAUAUAUCUGUUGAGAAUGAGUUUACUUUAGAGAAGAAUAAGUCUGAGUUUGUUCCUUCUAUGCGUUCUGGAGCUUGGUCUGAUAUUGGCUCCAGGUCAAGCAUGGAAGAUGCUUAUCUUUGCGUCGAUAAUUUCAUGGAUAGCUUUGGCCUUCAGAACUCUGAGGCCGGCCCGAGUGCCUUUUACGGGGUAUUUGAUGGACAUGGUGGGAAGCAUGCUGCUGAUUUUGCAUGUUACCAUAUACCGAGGUACAUUGUUGGGGAUCAAGAGUUUCCUAGUGAAAUCAAUAAGGUGAUGUCUUCAGCAUUUCUUCAGACAGACACUGCCUUCUUAGAGGCUUGUUCAUUGGAUGGGAGCCUUGCUUCAGGAACUACUGCUUUAGCAGCUAUUCUUUUUGGGAGGUCGUUGGUGGUAGCAAACGCUGGAGAUUGUAGAGCAGUCUUAUCCCGUCAAGGGAAAGCCAUUGAAAUGUCAAGAGACCACAAACCCAUGAGCAGUAAGGAGAGAAGACGCAUUGAGGCAUCGGGUGGAUAUGUAUACGACGGCUAUCUAAAUGGACAACUUAAUGUGGCUCGAGCGCUUGGGGACUUUCAUAUGGAAGGCAUGAAAAAGAAGAAAGAUGGUUCUGACGGUGGACCCCUCAUUGCAGAGCCUGAGCUCAUGACAACUAAACUAACCGAAGAGGACGAGUUCCUUAUAAUCGGGUGUGAUGGGGUUUGGGAUGUGUUCAUGAGCCAGAAUGCCAUAGAUUUUGCUAGAAGGAGACUGCAGGAGCACAAUGACCCGCUCAUGUGUAGUAAAGAGUUAGUCGAGGAAGCUAUAAAGAGGAAGAGUGGGGAUAAUGUGACGGCGGUGGUUGUGUGUCUUCAGCCACAACCACCACCGAACUUGGUUGCACCGAGGUUGAGGGUUCAGCGGAGCUUCUCGGCGGAGGGUUUAAAAGAUUUACAGAGCUUCUUGGAUGGCUUGGGGGACUAAUUGGGUGACCUGGGUUCCUGGGAUGGUGACGAAUGAUUGAUUCUCUUUUGUUUUGUCUUUUCUUACAAUUUAUAGUUUGGGCUUGGAGAUUUUUUUUGGUUAUAAUUCUUGCAAUUUGAGUAACUUAUAUAACAUGAGGCGGCAGACAAUAAUUUAUUGUUUGGUAGGAUAUAUUUAUUCUCACUUUUGCUUAAUAAUAUUUUCUGCUUCAGUCU